AUGCAGUCUAUCUCGAUAAUCAUGGCCCUCAGCAGCCUUGCAGCUGCGGGCCCCGUCAUGAGGCGCCAGGCGCAGGUCGGGCAGCCGCUUCCCAACGGUCCCUUUGCCUUCACGUCGACAUACAACCUGGUUGCCACGCCCGACAAGGUCAUCAACAACGAUGGGCAGGUUGCUCCCGGCGAGACUGGUGCUAUUGGAUUCUACAACUACGGCAUCAACGUCGACCUUGACAUCAUCUGCUACAACAUCACCCUGAUGGGCGUCACAGGUCCUUACCAGUCCCCCGCCACAACGGCAACCCACAUCCACGAGGCUGCCGAGGGUGCCGCCGGCCCACCCCGUAUCUCUUUCCCCAACCCUGAGCCAGCCGACUCUGGUCCCGAGGUUGUCAAACGCUCUUCCGGCUGCCUGACCGGCCCCUUCAUCACCGGCAUCCAAGCCAACGGCCAGGACACCGGCACGGGCUUCACCCUCCGCCAGAUCGAGGCCAACCCUGCGGGCUUCUUCACCGACUCCCACACCGUCAAGUCGGUUCCCGGUGUGGUUCGCGCCCAGAUGGUCGCCACUGCAGCCGGCGCCGUCGCCGCACCCGCCGCACCCGCCGCAGCGCCCCCGGCCCCCGUCGCAGGUGCCGUCAACGCCGCUCCCGCCGUCAACCAGCCCAGCCAGGCCCCUGACGAUCUGGGCGGCUGCAGCAUCCUCGGCUUCCAAGUCGCCAGUUCGCCGCUCAAGUACCUGUGCUUCCAGCCCGGUUUCGGCAGCGGUGCGGCCGCACCUGCCGCACCUGCUGCGCCCGUGGCCGCUAACCCUGUGGCCGCCCCCGUGUCGUCGGCUAGCCCCGUCGCCUCUGCUGCGCCUGUUGCCGCGCCCGUCGCUUCGGCCAGCCCUGUUGCUUCGGCCGCCCCCGGCCUGGUGCCACUCCCGGGAACCGGGGUUGCUGACGAGGCAGCUGAUGAGCUGCAACCUCUCCCCGGAACCAAGAAGAUUUAA